AUGAGGGCCUCUUCUUCCGUCACAGCAACCUCUGGUAGUAGUGGUGCCGCCACUACAGGGAGACACCCGACUUAUCGCGGCAUACGGAGUCGUAGUAACGGGAAGUGGGUUUCGGAGAUACGGGAGCCGCGUAAAAGCAAACGCAUAUGGCUUGGGACUUAUGCCACCCCAGAGAUGGCUGCCGCGGCUUAUGAUGUGGCUGCUCUGUCACUCAAAGGCACCGAUUGCAUGUUGAAUUUCCCAGAUUUUGCCGGGUCCUACUCCGUGCCGGCUUUGCCAGAGCCUGCUUUGAUAAGGACCGCGGCUGGGGCUGCAGCCCAACUGAUGAGGUCAGCAGCAGCAGCAGCUGCCGCUGAUGAUCGAAGGAGCUCGUUAUUAAUAGUAGAUGAUCAUGAUCAUGAUCAUGAGCAGCAGCUGCAUCAUGUGGAUGUCGAUGAAGAUACCCUUUUCGGGAUGCCGAAUCUGUUGGCGGAUAUGGCGGAAGGAAUGUUGAUGAGCCCGCCACCGCAAAUCACUACCGAUUAUCCAUCGCAGGGGCCCUCUACUGAUUGUCAUAAUUUGUGGAAUUAUUGA